AUGGAGAAAGUGAGGAACAAGUUGGGAAUGGAGCAAAGUUUUGUGGUCGAUAGCAUAGGCAAAAGUGGAGGACUCGCAAUGUUUUGGAAAACUGAGGUAAAUGCUCAACUACUUUCUUAUUCAAAUAGUCAUAUCUCUUUGACAAUCAUACCUGAGAGUAGAGGUCAACCCUGGAGACUUUCUGGGUUCUAUGGAAACCCUGCCACAGACAAAAGGAAAGCUAGUUGGAGUCUCCUUACAAUGCUUAAACCCGAGCCUCCAAUGGCUUGGUUAUGUAUGGGAGACUUCAAUGAAAUCUUGAGUAAUGAUGAGAAGUUUGGGUCAACCACCAGAUCUUUUUCUCAAAUGGAGAGCUUCAGAUUAGCUCUAGACGAAUGUGACUUGAGUGAUCUAGGAUACACAGGGUCUAAGUAUACAUGGAGUAACAAUAGGGAGGGGAGAGAUUUUACCAAAGAAAGACUGGAUAGUGCUAUGGGAAACGGGGAAUGGCCAUUACAAUUCAGCAACAGCGAGGUCUCAGUGUUACCUGCCUUCAAUUCAGAUCAUUCUCCUUUGUUGAUAACCUGUGAUAAUGAGGAAGUUGGAGUUAAUAGAAGGACAAGAUUAUUUAGGUAUGAAGCCUACUGGUCAACGAAACAGGAGUGCAAAGAUCUAAUCAAAAACUCAUGGCAGGUCUCAUGCAAAGGGGUCCACUCAAUGAGGAAUUUCCAAGAUGGACUGGACAGGUGCAAGCAGUUAUUGAGAACCUGGUCAAAAGACUUGACUGGCAAGCAGAGACAUCUAAUUAGACAGAGGAGUGAUAUGAUCCAAGAGCUGCAGAGAAUUAACCAAGGUGAUUUUGAUGACACCAUCAAGGGAUUUCAAAGUGAAGUUAAUCAGUUAUUAGCCGAAGAGGAAAUCAAGUGGAGGCAGAGGGCAAAACAAUUGUGGCUCAAGGAGGGAGACAAAAAUACAAACUCAGUAGUGACACCUGAGAUGAACCUCCAGUUAAGAAAGGCAUGUUCUUAUGAAGAGGAAGUAGUUGGUGAUGGUGCGGUGGAGGUAGUUAAAGAGAUUUUUAACUCCAAGAGAGGAAUUCAAGAGAUUAAUGAAACCUUUAUAGUUCUGAUCCCAAAAAAGAGAAGGCCCACAUUGGUGAUUGAAUAUAGACCAAUAAGCCUCUGCAAUGUGGUUUAUAAAGUGUUCUCCAAAGUACUAGCCAAUAGAGUUAAGCCUUUUCUGUCCAAGUUGAUAUCUCCUUCACAAAGUGCAUUUGUUCCAGGGAGGUUGAUCUCUGAUAACAUCAUCGUUGCGUAUGAAGCAAUGCACUUAAUGAAACAUAGAGUGAAGCACAAGAAGGAGAGGUACAUGGCUAUGAAACUAGAUAUGAGCAAAGCAUACGACAGAAUAGAGUGGUCUUUCUUGGAGGCAGUGUUGUGUAAGAUGGGUUUUGACAAGGGGUGGACAGACUUGGUUAUGCAGUGUGUCUCUUCAGUAAAAUAUUCUUUGCUAGUUAAUGGAUCCCCUCUACAACACUUUCUACCUUCUAGAGGACUAAGGCAAGGGGACCCUCUCUCCCCUUACCUUUUCAUUCUAUUAACUGAAGUUCUUGGGAAGAUGCUGGAUGUAGUGGAGAGAAAGGGUUACAUAUCUGGCUUCCCAUUUGCAAGAGGAUCUUUGAUGGUUAAUCAUCUUUUCUUCGCAGACGAUAGCUUACUUUUCUGCAAAGAAAAUGCACUUGAGUGGAGUAGAUUGUCUAGAAUUCUCAAAACUUAUGAGGAAGCCUCGGGACAAAGACUCAAUCUUGAGAAAUCAGCAAUUUUUUUCAGCAAAAACACAUCACUUGAGACAAAACAGGCUAUUAUCUCGGCUUCUAAGAUGGUGGAAGCUAAAGUUUUUGAGAAGUACCUUGGCCUACCCUCAUGUGUGGGAAGGAACAAGCUAGCCUCUUUUAGACCUGUUCUGGAUUCAAUAAGGAACCGUAUACAGAAUUGGAAAGUUAAAUUCAUUUCAAAUGCUGGAAAAGAAGUGCUAUUAAAAUCGAUAGUCCAAGCUAUCCCUAUAUACUGCAUGAGUAUCUUCAAGCUCCCUAAAACAAUUCUCAAUGCUAUUAACAAGCUUAUGCAAAAGUUUUGGUGGGGCAGUAGAGAAAAGAGAACCAAGACUCAGUGGUUGCCAUGGAGACUACUGGGAAAGAACAAGGCAGAAGGUGGGUUAGGAUACAGAGAAUUUGAACAUUUCAACCUUGCUUUACUGGCCAAGCAGGGUUGGAGACUAAUACAACAACCCCAAUCUCUAGCAGCUAAGGUGAUGAAAGCCAAGUACUUUUUCAGGACUGAUUUCCUUCAUGCAAAACUGGGCAGCAAUGUUUCAUUUCUCUGGAGGAGUUUUUUGGAAGCUAGGACUGUGUUAGAGGAAGGCUUGAUGUGGAGGAUUGGGAAUGGGGAAGGAGUCAGCUUAUGGAAAGAUAAAUGGGUCCCUCAACCUACCACAUUCAAAGUGCAGACCCCUAUUGAUCAAUGGUAUGCACACUGGAAAGUCAGCAACUUGAUUGAUGAGCAUACUAAAACUUGGAACUUGUCAGUUUUGAGGAGCAUGUUCACAGAAGAAGACAUUAGUAAUAUUUCUAAGAUACCUAUUAGUUGGUGUGGCAACCCAGAUAAGCUUAUUUGGAGGUGUACCAAAGAUGGCUUAUUUACUGUCAAGAGCGCCUACCAUUUGUUGGGCACAAUGGAGCAGUAUCCAAAGGGACAAAGUUCUGCACAAUCCAACCAUAAGGAAGUUUGGCCUAAAAUCUAG